CAUCUACUCUGAAAUGAAUUCUCCCCUCCACUUAUCCUUGGUCUCGGAUUAUCUGGCUCAAUAAAAAUAGACGCCUGCGUCCUUAUAGGUUGGAAUUCGUUGCUGCCUGAGCCUCAAUCGUUUAAGCUUAUCGGCAGACGGUCUCCCGAUGCGGUAGUUGACCGUUGUUGGCCCACACUUUCCCAUACAUCCCAAUCAUUACAAUACAGACGAGCCCUGGUCUGGAGGAUGUGAAUUGCGCCGGAAUCAUGACAGUUAUGCCGCGGAGGACGCACCGAAAAUCGCGCAAUGGCUGUCUCGAGUGUAAAAGACGUCAUAUCAAAUGCGACGAGAAACACCCGCUCUGCGGCAACUGUCGCAGCUCGGAACGUGUCUGUGAAUACGCGGACCGCUUCAGGAGCAGCACGACCAGAUCAGAACGAAGCACCGUCUCGACUCCGACAAACGCUGGACCCAGCCCCAGUGUUCCGUCGCCGCCGCAGGCCCCGGUCGAGCCUGCGAAAUCGGUUGCAACGUGCUCCGAAUACCAGCCUUUCAAUAUGGUCCACGCCGAGCUCCUCUUCAACCUCACAACAGAGACCAUCCCCUCCCUCAGCGACGGCCGAACCCACUGGAUGCUGAACCCCGACCUCAUGCGCGUCGGGAUGCUGACCCCCUACCUUCUGAACGAAUUGCUAGCGAUCAGCGCUCUGCACUACAGCAUCGUCCGGCCUGCGGAGCGCGAGUGCUACCGCCGCCACGCCGCCCAGCUGCAGACUCACGCCCUGGAAAUCUUCAGUCAAGAGCGCCGGGACAUCACCCAGGAGACCUGCGUCCCGCUGUUCCUGUUCUCGUCGGUCUUGGGGUUGCACAUGCUCUGCGACACGAUCAUCUACCGUGAGGAGAAUAGCUUCGAUGGCUUUCUCGACCAAUUCGUACACUAUCUCAAACUGCACCGGGGCGUACGGGCCGUCACCUCAGAGUCGUGGGAGGCGCUGCGGGGAUCCAUAUUGCAGCCAAUGCUCCAGUAUGGGCAGGACAUGUUCCGUUGGGAUGAGGAACUGGGGCCGGAGUGUCGGAAGAUCAUGGAUUUGAUCGAAGCGGCUCGGCUGGGCGAGCAAACCACGUCGGUUUAUCGGCAGGCGGUGCGUGCGUUGCAGAUCUCAAUGCAUGCGACGGGUGUAACCGGUGGCGGUUCGAAGGUGAAGUAUGUCGGAGGCAUCACCGGGUGGCCCGUCAUAGUGGAUGUGGAGUACAUCGAGACUCUGGAGCUGCGCCGACCGGAGGCACUGGUGAUUCUGGCAUGCUACGGCGUCGUUCUGCAUCAGGCGAGGCACAUGUGGGCUUUUGGCGAUGGAGGUCGGUUCUUGAUCGAGGUUAUCGCGAAGCAUUUGGGUCCGCAGUGGGAGGGGUGGCUGGAGUGGCCUACUCGGGUGCUGAGGGAGACACAGCGAUGAGGCAGUGAGGUAGAGCGGUAUUGUAUAUUCAUAAUGGUUCUAGCGGUGAGUUUGUUGUCUAUCCAUAU